GGUGUACGAGAGUUGACGUCAGAAGAGUUACAGGGUGUGUUGAUUGGUUGUUGUCCUGAGGUAGAACUAGAUAUAUUUCAAUAAUAGAGUAGGGUGGUGGGUUUUUAGUGAGUGUAGGGUGAGAUGGUAGGGUAUUUGUUGAUUUAUUUUAUUUUUGAUUUAUUAUUAAUUAUUUUUUCAAGCGAAGUAAAAGGGAGGUAUACUCCAGUCUAGUAGGUGGCGGUAAUGCAACAUUUAUUGGAUGCCAACCGACGUUCAAUCUCAUCGAAUAAGAAGUCAGCCACGCGAAGAAGACGUAUCUCAGGCUGGUCUAUUAGCUCCCCGCUCUUUAAUGUUAGUUAACCAGCUAGCCUAACAGAGAGUUGUUGUGGCUAACAAAGCUAAAAAUUGCUAGCGUGUACUGUAGCUAGUUAACGAUCUCUGGGCUUGGCUCUUAUACCGACGAAGUCAUAAUAAGAUAAUUACUGUUGUUGUUUAUUCCUGUGACUAUAAAAUGGCGGAAAAGCCAGAGGCUGGAGACAGCGAAGACGAGGUUGAAGAUGUAUACGAAGUGGAGAGGAUUAUUGACAUGCGAACGGAGGAGGGGGAGGUCCUGUACCGCGUUCGCUGGAAGAACUACUCAUCUGACGAUGACACCUGGGAGCCUGAGGCCCACCUGGAGGAUUGUAGGGAGGUGCUGCUGGUCUACAAGAGGGCUCUGGCAGAGGCUAAGGUCAAGAAAGACCAAGAUGCUAAGAAGGGCAUGGUAAGUCCUAUCCAGGAGGAUCACAGCCACCAUAAGAAAGGCUUGAAGCUUCCCAUGAAGAGUGACGUGUUUGAUGCCGACUCUGACAGUGACAGUGAUAAAGACAAGCCCACAGACCUGCCUGUCAAGAAGAAGAAAAAGAAGAAGCCCCAAGAAGAAGAAGAGGAGGAGGCACCUCCCCCGAAGGAGAAGAGGAAAAAGAAGAAAGACAAGCGCAAGGAGGACUUCAGGCCUCGUCCGGCACCAGAGUCUGAUGAAGAGGAGCUUUCCCCUCCCCCGACUCCGGGCCGCAGUACCAAGAUGUCCGACUCCAAGAAGAGAUUUGUCGAAUCUGAUGAAGAGGAAGAAGCCCCCGUGCCCUCCAAGAAGCACAGGAAGGACAAGGCCAAGGAUGGAGGGAAGCAUAGGAAAAAAGAGAACAUGGAGGAAGGGAAUAAGAAAAAGAAGACAAAGAAGGAUCAAAGGGGUGAUCUGGAGUCCACUGAAGAUGAGGCCACCGCCCCCCUGGAAGAGGAGCUUAGCGAGGGGCCAUCUGAGUCCCAGACGGAUGAUACCACAGCAACUGAAAAGUCUCGCACUGAUGACAAACCCAAGAAUAAGAAGGGGAAGUCAGAACUGAAGCUGCAGGGCAUCAAGGACUUCCUUCAGGACAGGAAAGGCAAGAAGCCGGAAACUACGUCGCCCACGCUCUCCGCAAGCGGACUCGCAAAACUCAAGAGCCUUGCCUCCUUCAAGACCCAGAGCCGGGAUGAGCCCACACCAACCUCGGACUCCAGCGACACCCCCGCCCCGGCCCACGUCCACAAGAAGGCCAAGGGCAAGAGCCAGGAGGCCACCCCUGCACCACCAAAAAUCCCCUCUUCCUCAUCCUCCUCUUCCUCCUCUGGUGCAGGGGCCAGCACUAGCAAGGCCCGAGAGGAGGAGUCUAAAGAGGAAGUGGGCGGGGAUAAGGAACCAGCCGCCUCCACUAACCUGUUUGAGAAGUUUCUGCUGAACUGCGAGGCCAAGGACCGUGUCCCCCGCAAACAGAUGGUCCACCAGCCCACCCCUGCAGAGAACACUAAACCACCGAAGCUCAUAGGAAAAGUUGAGAAAAGGACCAAGCCGACAAAGGAGUCACCUGCUCGGAAACCAGAGCCAGACAAGGCCAAACAUACAGACGCAUUUCGGCCCAGUCAGAGCCUCGCUGCUGUGGAGACUAGUGACAAGGCGGAGGCAGAAGAGAAACCUGCCCAGAAGUCAAAGUUUGGCGGAGAGGACCGGAGGGAGGAGGCUCAACGCUGGGAGAGGAGGACCCAAGACGAUGACAGGAGGAGGAGGAGGAGGGAAGACAGCGAACCACGCCUCUUCAUCGCCUGCGAUGACAAUCAAGACGCCUUGGAGAGCGGCGACAAGUCUGACAAAGGACAAGCCUCUCUUAACCUUGGAAUGGACCUCAACUUGGACUGGAUGACACUGGAGGACUUUCAGAAACAUUUGAACGGAGAGGAUGAGAUUCUCUCUGCUCCACCGCUAUCUCCCGGUGAGCUGCGGGAUGCAGUGAAAAGCGGGGAUUACAUGUCUGUGAAACUUGCACUCAAUUCCAAAGAGGACUACAAUCUAGACCAGGAGGCAUGCACUGUUGAACAGAAGAGUAUAAGUGGCAAAGAUAAGCAUUUAAAUGAGGAAAAGAAGACUUUAUGUGAUGAAGAGAAGACAUUAAGUAAUGAAGAGAGGCCUUUAUGCACAGCAGAUAACCCUCACCGCAAAGGGAACCCUCACCGCGAGGGGAGUCCUCUAUACAAAGAAAAUAAUUUACACAAGGAAGAGAAUCCUUCACACGAUGAAGAGAAGACUUCAUGUGAUGUGGAGAAGACUUUAUGUGACAUGGAGAGAGCUUUGUAUGACAUAAAGAAUUGUGCUGAAGAGAGCAGUUCAAGUGAUGACGAGAACAGUUCAGGUGAUAAGGUAGAAGGACAAAGACUGGAUUCAAACGUCCAAAGUGGGUCAGAUCCUCUUCCAUCUAAAGCAGAACUCCCCUGCGAUAAUAAUGAAUCUGAGCAGUCCCCUCAAAUGUCACAAGCUAAAAAACCUCGCCGCAAAAAAUUUGUGCCACGGAAAGGUACAAGGUCAAACUUACGUUCUAGCUCAAAAAUGACAGUCAGCACAUGUAGUACGACAGAUGAUGGUAAAAGAAAAUGGGACAAAAAGUACUUCUGCCUGUAUUGCAAUGAACCACACCAUAAAAUUGCAAGACAUUUAGAAAGGAUGCAUGCAGAAGAAGCAGCUGUCGCUCAUGCUAUCAGCUUCCCCAAACUCUCCAAAAUCAGGUCUCUCUUGCUUGACCAACUCCGUAACAAAGGCAACUAUCUACAUAACUUGGAAGUUCUUCAAAGUGGAGAUGGAGAAAUUGUGACAAAGAAAAGACCGUCUUACAAUGGUGUUUCUGUGCGUGACUACCUGCCCUGCCAACACUGCUUAGCUUUUUUCAACAAAAUAGAUUUAUGGAAACAUGAGGGCUCAUGUAAAGCCAGAAAAGGACAAGAUGAAAAGAGGGGAGGAAAAAGGGUGCGGGUCCAGGCUGCGUCCUCUCGACUUCUUCCAUUGCCGGUCUAUUCUACUGGAGGAUGUGAAGAAAUAAUACACAAUAUGAAUCAAGAUGACGUUCAAUGCCACAUCAAAAAUGAUCCCCUGAUAUGUAAAUAUGGCAAUGCGCUAUCUGCAAAGCAUGACCAUGCCAAGUCACAGUUUACAUACAUUGGAUCAAAAAUGAGGGAAUUGGCUAGAUUUGUACUUACUGUAAAUGAGAUGGACUGUGGUGUCCAAUACCUGCAUGAAGUAUGUGUACCAUCCAAAUUCAAAUUGGCCGUUCAUGCUGCCAGGAAAAUGAGUGGUCAUGAUCCUGCCUCUGACAGGUACAAGACCCCAUCUCUUGCUUUAAAGAUUGGCUAUUCCUUGAAAAGAGCUACCGAAAUAGCUUUUGGGGAGAGUCGUAUGACCGAGGACCGGGAGGCAGAGGAACAAGCCAAAAGGUUCAUUGAGCUUCUUGAAAACAAUUGGAAUAACUGUUUUUCUGGUCUAUCCCUGAGCGCUGUCCCUCAGUGUGAAGUUGAUGUGUCUUCACUUACUGAGGAUUUGAUCAAACUUCAGAAGUUUCUCAAGGUUGCAGAGGACACAACAAAGAAAGAAUUGCUUGAGAGCCCCACCAACGCUGUCUGGAAAAAGCUCAAUGAAACUCUUCUUGCAGAAAUAGCUCUCUUCAACAGAAAAAGGACAGGAGAGGUUGCGAAAAUGCUGUUGGAAACAUACACAAACAGAAAGAAAGCUCCAGCUAGUGCAGACAUUUUCAAUAGCCUCUCAAGGCUGGAGCAGGAGCUUGGUGACGACAAACUAACCAGGGUGGAAAUAAAAGGCAAAAAUGGUAGAAACAUGCCGGUCCUACUAACAGAGAGGAUGAUCUCAUCUCUUGAGAUCCUUAUUGCAAACAGAGACAAAGUUGGUGUGUCAAAGGACAACCCUUAUGUCUUCGCACGGAGCCUGGACGCGGCAAGCUACGUCAGAGGGUCUGACUGUCUGAGGAAAUUUGCACGUGCGUGUGAUGCAAAGAAUCCUGAAAGUCUGAUCCAUGCGACAGUAAGGAAAGAGGUUGCUAUCCAUUGCCAAGUACUGAACUUAAAUGAAAGUGAAUUGGAUCAAGUGGCAAAAUUAUUGGGACAUGACACCCAGGUCCACAAAGAGUACUACAGACUCUCUGAAAAUGCAGCACAUCUAGCAGAAAUCAGCAAAUUGCUGCUUGCAAUGGAUCAGGUUCCAGUUGUGAUUCCAGGGCCAUCUGAGGAAAGGGUUGUUUCCCCUACAUGUGGGACAUAUCCAGCAGGGACAGAUUCUGCAAGUACAUAUCCUACUGGCACAUAUCCCACUGGGUCAUCAUAUCCUACAGGGACAUAUUCAGUGAAGUCAUAUACUGUAGGGGCACAGCCUUCAAGGUCAUAUCAUGCUGGGACAUAUCCUGAAAAGUCAUAUCCUUCGGGAUCGCAUUCUCCGAGGUCAUGUUCUGCGGAGACAGAUUCUGCGAGGGCAUAUCCUACUGUGACACAUCCUGCAGGGACCUAUCCAGUAGGUUCGUAUGCUUUAGGGACAUACCUAGCAGAGACGCAUGAUGCAAGGUCAUGUACUGGAGGGACACAACACGCAAAUGCAUAUCCUACAAGUCCUUAUGACCUCUCAUCUCCUGCAAGAUCAUAUUCUUCAGGUACGAAUCCUGCGAGGACAUAUCCUGAGGGGACAUAUCCUGCACAGACACUUCCUGCUCAAACACUUCCAGCACGUACAGUUAUUACGCCAACACUUCAUGCGCAGACACUUCCUGCCCAGACACUUCCAUCACAGACAUUUCCUGUCGGGGCAGUGCCUGUGGGUGCAGUUCUUUUGGGGACUGUUCCUUCGGGGACAGGUUCUGUGGGGAUGGGUAAGGUGGGCACAGUGUGGAAACAGAGGCCGUGGAGUGAUGCAGCUAAGGCUGCGGUGAACCGUCAGAUGGGACACUUUAUCUCAUUGAUGGAGGUUCCAGGUAAACGGGACUGUGAAGUAUGCCUGCACAAUGAACCAGCUCUACGAGACAGGACAUGGAGGGACAUCAAAAACUAUGUGCACAACACAGUAAAAUCUAUAAAACGGAAGAAGGGCCUUACAAGAGUGGACCCCACAAAACAGACAAAGAAAGGAGCGGCAAAGAAAGAAAAAGAAACCAUAGAGGCUAAGAGUGCUAAGGACUGGGUUGGUGAAACAAUGACAGUACCUAAACAGGGUCAAGAGGAGGGACUUGAGGCAGGUCCUGUGGCAACACCAAGGAAACAGAAGACAUGGAGUAAUGAGGCUCAGGCUGCGGUGAGGCGGCAACUAGGAGACUUCACUAAACUGAUGAAGAUUCCAGGUAAAAGGGAAUGUGACGCAUGUCUUGCAGCUGAACCAGCUCUACAAGGCAGGACAUGGAAAGAUGUAAAAAACUAUGUACAUAACACAUUAAAGACAAUGUGCAGGAGGCAUAGUUCAGGCAAACAAAACAUGGACCAUGAAAAAACAAGUCCAUGGACACAGAAUCCAGGGGUGCAACAGAAUCCAGGGGUGCAUCAGAAAUCAGGGGUGCUGUUGGGACUACCAGAAGAGCCUCCUGUUUAUCUGUCCUUAUGAUUACCUUGAACUAGAACCUCCCAGGGUUCAAGGUAAGCAAGGAUGGAGAAAAGGAUAGCUUUUGAUUAAAUCUGACCAUCCUUGCUCACUCUGAUCUCACUUUAUAACGUAAAGCAAGAAUGAAGUAGCAUUUUAAGGAUAUCACUACCUACUUUAUUCUACGAAGUAUCUGUAGCAACGACAUAGUGACAUAUUAUGCAUGAAAACUUGUUUAGUCGAUAAGGGAAUUUUCAGAACUUCUUUUGAACUGCAAAAUGUAAUUGGCAAAGUCCUUUGGCAAAGGCUACACAUUUGCAACCUUGGUGAGAGGAGGCAAGUAAAGAUGGACUCAUACUUGUUUAGUUUAUUAAACAAUUCCAAUGGUCCUUUUAUGUAAAGCCUGUCAAACUGAAUCUUCUGGGUCAGCAACGGCAACAAGGCCUCAUGGACGCACAUUCGGAAUCCAAACGCACCCCAUAUUUCCGUAAGACCCAUGUUGCAUAAUAAUGCCCAAGAUAACUGACUGAAAUAUAUGCUCCGCAUGCAUAGAUAACAUGUACCAAGUACAGUGAAUGUUUAGUUUUUCUUCAUAGAUGAAAAAGUAGUGCAAACCUAGCCAGUUAAUCAGAUGACCAUACCUUUUUAAUCACAUUACUGUUAUACUUUACUUUCACCAAAUGGAUCUGGAUCCAGAUGUAUAAAAUAUUUUAUGUGUAGUCUUGCCUGUACCGUUGCAUGUGUAGCUAAUAUAUAUGUAUAUGUGUAGGUUAGGUUUUGAGUUAAAACAACUGACCAGCAAACCUGGGAAUUAAUCAGGUUAUUCCUGGUAGAAGUGUGAUAUGAAUGAGUUUCAGGGCUCCAGACUGCGUCCUUUUAGUCGCAUUUUGCGACCAUUUUGUCUAGGCUGUGCAAAAAAAAAAAACAUGGUCGCAUCGGUGCGAGCUGCACCAAACCUUCCUAUUUUUUGUGGCAGCUAAAACCAUGAUUUGGUCAAACUGUAAAGAGCAUUAUCCUCAUGAUUCCUGUAAUGGAAACCUCUUCCCCUGUGCCUGUUUCGCUGGGGCCUGCUGAUGUGAUGAGCAAACGGCUCUCCUCUCUGGGAGAAAACGAUUUGUUCUGAUUGUAUAACCUUUCAAAAUGCAGUUGCGGUAUAAACACAGCAUUAGAAGUAACUACUGUUGUCCCUGUCGAAGAGAGGAGGGUCUCAGCGUUCUGUAGGCAUACUUUUUAUUUCUCAAUAUUGAGCUCAGGAGCAACUAUUUUACAAAAGCUUUUUGAUAUGGCUUUGCGAUACGGAGCGGUGCACGAAAUACACAUCGGUCGUUGCGCGGGCAUGUACAGUGCAUUCAGAAAGUAUUCAGACUUUUCCACAUUUUGUUACUUUACAGCCUUAUUCUA